AUGGCAGUGAAUAGGGGAUUAGAGACCUUCUUAUCUGUCUUCCUGCUGUGCUGCUGGUACGGAACUGAUCUACAGCCGAUCAACUCAACUUCAGGUCCACUUACUGAAGAUGCGCUUAAUUCGACAACAGAAGACAUACCUGAAGUUUUUGAUGAAAUUCUAGCCCAAGAGAUUCUGGAGCCAAACGCACCAUCGGCAGUGUCUGAAACAUCAGCAACAACCAAAGUAUCCAUACAAACAACAGCACAAACCAAGGACAAAAACAUGGGUAUUGAUGAAAACUACCAAGAAGAUGGCUCCGAGAAUUACCAUGAAUUACUGGAGAAUGUAGAACCCUCGACUAUGAGCAAGGAUAAAACCGAUAAAACCGACAAUUAUGACAGAAGUACCGUCGAGAACCUCCGUGAGCACAGUUCUCGGACCAGGGUUGAUCCACACUUCUCUGUAAACGAAAAGAAGAGCUCGAACAAUGAUAAGCACAGGAAAGUGUCCGUUCUGGACAGAAUCCUUCAAAACAUAGGAAGAUAUGAAGACAGCCUGGAACUAAGAGCUCUGGACACAGCACCAGUUGAAACGAUGAGAAGUGAGCCCAACGUGGUCUUGAAGGAAAAUGGGUACCACAGACGACUUCUCACAUCCACCCUGCUCUCAGCUCUCCUCAUUGCCCCUGCGGCCUUGCUCUAG